CAAUCCCCUCCCAGUCCCUCCCUCAGCUUAAACUCUCGCGAGAUAUCCCGGGGAGCGGCCGGAAGUGUCGUCAGGGGGCGUGGCCGGAAACAGGAACCGGCGGCGGCAGCGACGAUGAAUCUGGACCGCGUGUCCAACGAGGAGAAGCUGGAGCUGUGCCGGAAGUACUUCCGGGGGGGGUUCCUGCUGCUGCCCUUCCUGUGGGUGGUGAACGUGCUUUGGUUCUUCCGAGAGGCUUUUUGGGCCCCCCCGUUCGGGGAACAACAACAGAUCAAGCGCUACGUGGUGAGGUCGGCGGUGGGGGCGGGGCUUUGGGGCGUGGCCCUGGGGGUCUGGAUCGGCCUCUUCCAGACCCGCCGUGGCCAAUGGGGGGCCUUGGGCGACGCCCUCAGCUUCACCCAGCCAAUGGGAGUGCCCUGAGCUGCCCUCCCCCGGCCAAUGGGAGAGCUCCGUUGGCCCAGGGGGCGGGGCCACACCCGGCCAAUGGGAGUGUCCCAUUGCUGGGGGGGCGGGGCUUCACCCGACCAAUGGGAGCGCCCGGAUGGCCACGCCCGGCCAAUGGGAGCGACCCAAGGGCCGAGGGGGCGGGGCUUCACCCGGCCAAUGGGAGAGCUCUGAGCGAAGCCCGCCGGCCAAUGGGAGUGCGGCACAGGAGCGAUGACAUCACAUGAGCCGUGACCACGCCCCCAUCUCCAGACCACGCCCCCAUCUCCAGCCACGCCCUUCUUCCC